AUGGCAUUUGUUUCAAAUGGAGCUGAGUACGACUUUGUCGUGGUCGGCGGUGGCACCGCUGGUAACGCGAUUGCCGGUCGCCUUGCUGAGAACCCUGAUGUGCGAAUCCUGGUUGUUGAAGCCGGCAUUCCCAAUCCGGAUCAAAUCGAACAAAUCACCACCCCUUCCAAGGCGUUCACUCUUCGUGGCAGCAAGUAUGAUUGGUCUUACAAGACCACCAUGAUCAAACGCGAAGACUAUGAGAGAGUUGAGAAGCCGAACACUCGCGGCAAGGCUCUCGGUGGAAGCUCAUGUGCCAACUACUUCACCUGGAUUCCUGGCUCCAAGCCAACUUUCGAUGACUGGGAGGCUUUCGGUGGCCGGGACUGGAACUGGAACAACUGCGUCGAGUAUCUCCGCAAGUGUGCCACAUACCACGAUGACGAGAAGCUUUAUCCCACUGAGCUUGGCAAAAUUGGCACCGGUGGGCCCGUGCAGAUCUCUCAUGCGGAUUUGGUCCCUGAGAUGAAGCCUUUCCGUGAUGCGCUUACUGAAGCUUGGCUCUCCAAGGGCCAACCCCUCAGCGAAGAUAUCUACUCUGGUGAAAUGAAGGGUCUCACUCACUGCGUUGACACUAUUUACCAGGGUGAGCGCCAAGGUAGCUUCUUGUACCUGAAGAACAAGCCCAACGUGACGAUCCUUUACGGAGUUCGGUCAAAGAAGUUGAUUAUUGAUCCCGAGACUCACAUCUGCUCCGGUGUCACCGUCGUCAGCGAUGAAUACGACACCGAGCUCAGCGUCUUUGCCAGCCGCGAAGUCAUUCUCUCCCAAGGUGUGUUCGAAACACCCAAGCUUCUGAUGCUCAGCGGUGUCGGCCCAGCAGACGAGCUAGCCAAGCAUGGCAUCAAGUCCAUCGUUGAGUCCCCCCACGUUGGCCAGCACCUGUUGGAUCACCCCAUCGUCCCAUUCGUCCUUGAAGUCAAAGACGGAUACAGUCUGGAUAACCACAUCCUCCGCCCCGGCCCAUUGAACGACCAGGCUAUUUCCACCUACAACCGUGACAAGACCGGUCCUGCUAGCUCUGGUUUCUUGGAGCUUGUCGGGUUCCCUCGUAUCGACGAGCGCUUGGAGAAGUACCCAGCUUACCGCGAAGCUAAGGCCGCUAAUGGUGGACUGGAUCCAUUCGGACCCGCUGGUCAGCCCCACUUUGAGCUUGACUUUGUUGGUCUGUUUAGCACCGCUUUCCAGUGGCACUACCCUAUGCCCGAGAAGGGAAGCUACAUGACUGUCAUUGUUGAUUUGCUCCGACCGCUCUCUGAGGGCCAGGUGACACUCAACAACGCGAACCCCAAGAACCAGCCGAACAUCAACCUCAACUUCUUUGGCAAUGAUCUUGACAUCCUGGCAAUGCGCGAGGGUGUUCGCUGGACCUACGAUGUUUUGACUAAGGGUUCUGGGUUCAAAGACAUUGUUUUGUCGGAAUAUCCCUGGAAGAUGCCUCUUGAGUCUGAUGAUGAUAUGAACCGAGCCGUUCUCGAUCGCAGUCAGACUGGAUUCCAUCCCUGCGGUACAGCCCGUCUCUCGAAGAAUAUUCACCAGGGUGUUGUGGACUCCAAGCUUCGUGUGCACGGAGUUCGAAACCUUAGAAUUGCGGAUGCUUCCGUGAUUCCUGUCAUUCCUGACUGUCGUAUUCAAAACUCUGUCUACAUGAUUGGCGAGAAGGGUGCGGAUAUCAUCAAGGCUGCACACAAGGAUAUCUAUGGUGCUCAGAACACUCCUCUUGUCGCCAGCAAGCUGUGA